UUUUUUCUUUUCUUCCGAAUCACUCUUCCAUUUUUUUUCUUUCUAAACCCUAAACCCCAAAUUCCAAUUGCCAAUUUGUAUCUCAAUACCAAUUUCCAAUUGCCAGUCGAGGGGGGAGAAAUGGGUGUUACAAAGAGCACACAAUAAAUUAUACCGCACUACUUCGUUCCCUACUUUCGUGUUUAUAGGGACAAAACCCGAGAGCUAAUUUCUCAGUUGAUUGUGUCGAUUAGUUUGGGGAGAAGAAUUAAUCAAUAAUGGGGAGAGCAAAAGGAGAAGCUGCAAGAACCAAGUCUCGCCCCUCUAGCAGCAGCACCGCUGCUUCGCUGUUGCCAUCGGGCGUUACAGCCGUGGGUUUCGGAGGCUAUGUUGGAAGCUCGCCCGUGAACUCCUCACUCGCAUCAACCCCUGAUGCCGUUCCUUUUACGGAUAUUGAUGGUGAAGUGGCGCAGCACUUGAAGCGGCUUUCGCGCAAAGACCCUAUCACUAAGCUUAAAGCUUUGACGUCACUUUCUCAACUUAUCAGACAAAAAGAGGCAAAGGAAAUAGUAACAAUUAUUCCUCAGUGGGCAUUUGAGUACAAGAAGCUGCUGAUGGACUACAACAGAGAAGUUCGGCGAGCAACUCAUGAGACCAUGACUAAUCUUGUCAGUGCUGUCGGAAGGGAUUUGGCUCCACAUCUAAAGCCUCUAAUAGGACCCUGGUGGUUUUCACAAUUUGAUUCUGUAUCUGAAGUUUCCCAAGCUGCAAAGCGGUCAUUUCAGGCUGCUUUUCCUGCUCAAGAGAGGAGAGUAGAUGCCUUGAUGUUGUACUCAUCUGAAAUUUUUACGUAUAUAGAAGAUAAUCUGAAGCUGACCCCACAGAGUUUAUCAGAUAAAGCAACUGCUUCUGAUGAAUUGGAAGAAAUGCACCAACAGGUGCUUUCUUCUUCAUUACUGGCAUUAGCAGCACUUCUUGAUGUUUUCCUUUAUUCGCAUUCUGAAAAGCCUGGUCCAGAAAAUGUAACUGGUGAAUUGAAACAUGCUGUGAAAGCUAGGACUAUUGCUGUUUCUUCAGCGGAAAAGUUAUGCUCAAGUCAUAAAUAUUUUCAAGACUUCCUAAAAUCUCAAAGCCCAGCUAUUCGGUCAGCUGCAUAUUCAGUAGUGAAAAGUUGUAUAAAAAACAUUCCCAAUGCUAUCAGUGAAGGAGAUAUGAAAAUGCUUGCUGGAACAAUACUUGGUUCUUUCCAGGAAAAGAAUCCAGCUUGCCAUUCAUCAAUGUGGGAAACUGUUUUGCUUUUUUCUAGAACUUUUCCUGACAGUUGGACUACCGUGAAUGUCCAGAAAACAGUUAUAAGCCGGUUAUGGAAUUUUCUUAAGAAUGGGUGUUUUGGAUCUCAGAAAGUGUCAUAUCCAGCGCUAGUUCUAUUUCUAGAAAUAGUACCUUCAAAAUCAAUCACAGGGGAUAAAUUUUUUCUUGAUUUCUUCCGCAGUCUCUGGGAAGGAAGACACAUGUCUUUUUCAUCAAACACUGACCGACAUGCAUUUUUCGUGGCAGUGGAAGAAUGCUUUAUUUGGGCAGUAAGAAAUGCUUCCAGAUAUUGUGUCGGAGCCGAAGCUAUUUACCUUUUCCAGCAUACCCUUGUUGAUGAGGUACUGUUGGGGUUUCUGUGGCCUGAAUAUCUUUUGGCUGCCAGCUCAAAAAAUCAGGAUUCAGCCUUUUCAUCAUCUAUUCUAGAUCAAUCGAAGAAUGGCAUCCAAUCUAAUCAUAAGGAACCAAGAGAAGCACUGAACAGUAAACAUUCAAUAGAUUAUGAAGAAAGUCUUGGGAAAUGCAUUGUUAAAAUCCUUUCUGCGAUUCAGCGCCUAGACAAUAAUCUGUUCUUAGUGUUCUCGUCGAAAUUUCAAGCCGAUAUUCUCGAUAUAUUUCACCAGACAGAGUAUUCUUCUCAAAAUGUGCGAUGGGUGGUUAAAUUUAUUUUACUACUGGACAAACAUGCAGUUCGGAAUGGGGAAAUAUGGCCCUUGCUUGACUUGAUUGGCCCCACAUUGCAAAAAUCAUUCGCAGUAAUUGGGACACUUGACUCGCCAGAUGCAGUUACGGUUAUUGUCACUGCUGUUUCAGUAUUUGGACCUCGCCAGAUAACUCAACAGAUUAUGUGCAUUGGAUUGGGAGCUGAAGAGUUUUUGAAAUCUUUCAUUGAAACUAUUAUUCCUUGGUCCUUAAAAAGAUUUAGCCCCUCUACUGCUGCUAGAUUGGAUCUCUUGCUUGCCUUACUUGACGAUGAGUGCUUCUCAAAACAGUGGGACGCCGUUAUUAGAUAUUUAGUGAUACAAGAGAAAGUUAGUUUCGAUCCUGGAACCAUGGACAGAAACUACAUAUCUGUCUUGGCUAUUCUGAUGGAGAAGGUCAAAGAGAGAACUAAGAAGAGUGUUCAUCAGUCUGACCAAUGUGAAGACUGGCAUCACGAGCUGCUAGAUUUGGUUGCAGUCUAUGUUGUUCAAGCCUUUCCUCAAUUUGGAGAUUCUGAUGCUCGAUUUAUAUGUGCUGUCCUUGGUGGAGGAACAAUAGAUGAUAAAAUUUCCUUUAUAUCACGGAAGACAGUAAUUUUGAUAUUCGAGGAAGUUCUUACGAGGCUAAUGACUUUCAUGAAGGAUUCUACUUUUUCUUGGGUGCAAGAUGUGUGCUCUUUAUUAUAUAGUGGGAGUAAAUAUUCUGACUGGAAGUUGGAACCUUCUAAUAAUCUGCUGGAGAUGGCUCAUUUUGUUUUGGAUAUACUCAAUGGUAGUUUAUUCUGUCUGAAUACUAUUGAGGCUGAACGUGAGUUAGUUCAAGGUAUAUUAGCUGCAAUAUUUAUCAUUGACUGGGAAUUUAGCUGCAUAAAUGUUUCAGAGGACAAGCUUAAUAAAGAGCAUAUAGGAGAAACUGGAUCCAGGUUGGCCUUUUGCGAAGCUGUCCAUGCUUUUCGCUGCAAAAUCCGUGAUCAGUUCUUGAGAGGUUUUGGUGUAAAUAACCGGAAGAGCUUGGGAACUACUUUGGUUCAGUCAAUAAAAUGCAUUACAUUUGUAGAUAACAGAUUUGAAUCAGAUAAUUUCGUAUCUUUAUGCGGCCAAUGGACACUUGAUGUUUUUGAAAUUUUUUGUCAAGACCAAGUUGAGGAACAACAGUUGUUGGAGCAGUUUCUGAGCAAGAAUGAUUCGUGGCCAUUGUGGGUCAUUUCUGAUGGGAUAGGAGCCAGAUUGAGAACUGAUAAUGUUUCACUUUCUCUCCAUGCACCCAGUAAUACCAAGUUUAUUGCUUUGGUUGACAAACUAAUUUCUAAAAUUGGCUUUGAUCGAGUUGUUGCUGGACUUAUUUCCGAGGCAUCACCUUCUUCAACUAAAGAUUCUCCUACAGACUUGGGAAUCAAUAAGACUCACUAUUCUCGGCCUUGGCUUGCUGCUGAAAUUUUGUGCACAUGGAAAUGGAUUGGUGGCUGUGUUUUGGACUCCUUUUUACCUUCCUUCGUUAGCUAUAUGAAGAAUGGAGAUUGUGGCUUUUCAGAUUCCAUUUUGAAUGUUUUGAUUGAUGGGGCUCUUGUCCAUGGAUCUUGUAGUGGAUUAAAUCUCUUACAGCGUGCUUCAGUUGACGAGUUAGAGGCUGUUGACGAACCCUUUUUGAGAGCUCUUUUAUCUGUGCUCUCUACUUUUUUCCAAGAUAAUCUGUGGGGAAAUGAAAAAGCUACAUCACUCUUUAAGCUACUUGUAGACAAACUAUACAUUGGCGACAACGCAAACCUAAAUUGUUUGAAGAUUCUUCCAUCAAUUAUGAACAUACUUGUUAGACCCUUGAGCAUUGGAGCUGAAGAUCGAACAAAUGAUCUGUCUGAUCCUUAUAGCGAAAGCAAAUUACAUAAUGUAACUGUAGACUGGCUCAACAGAACUGUAUGUUUUCCUUCGCUGAGUACGUGGCAAAGUGGAGAAGAUAUGGAGGACUGGCUUCAGUUGGUUAUAUCCUGUUUUCCCGUAGAAGUAACAGAAAGGAUGCAAGAGAUAAAACCAGCGAGAUAUGUCUUCCCUGCGGAGAGAGCUGUUCUGUAUGAGUUAUUUCAGAAGCAGAGGCAAGGUGCAUCAGCUGUAUUAAAUAAGCUACCAUUGGUACAGAAGCUAUUGUCAGAGUUAAUGGUGAUUUCAGUAGCUUAUUGCUGGGAAGAUUUUGAUGAAGAUGAUUGGAAAUUUGUUUUGCAUCGGCUGAGAUUUUGGAUUGAAGCAGCUGUUGUUAUGAUGGAAGAAGUUGUUGAAAAUGUCAAUCACACUUUGGCUAAUGGAUCUAAUGACGUCAAUGCCUCAUUAAAUGAGUUUGAGAAUGCUGUUGUAAUCAGCGAUCCUUUUCCUGUAGAACUCGCCAGAAAUGCACUUGUUGGGUUCUCGCUGUUUUGUUCUCUCAUUGGGUCGCAAGAUAAAGAACAUGCCGGAAAUUUAAAUCAUUUGGGGAGUGAGAAAUGGGAGAUCAUGACAGAUCGCAUUUUCGAAGGUAUUCUCCGUUUGUUCUUCUGCACCGCCGCUUCGGAGGCAAUAGCAAAUUCAUGUUGCCACGAAGCAUCGUCUAUCAUCGCAUCAUCUCGGCUUGGUCAUCGCCAGUUCUGGGAGUCGGUUGCUUCAUGUGUUCUUCAGUCUAGUUCACAUGCAAGAGACAAAGCCAUGAAGUCAAUCGAAAUUUGGGGGCUAAGUAAAGGAGCCAUCAGUUCUCUUUACGCCUUGGUGUUUUCAUGCAAACCACUUCCACCUCUGCAGUAUGCAGCGUUUGUUCUUCUAUCAACUGAGCCAGGAGCUCAGUUAGCUUUUACAUGCGACACUGGCAAGGUUUCCAAUGAUGGUACUCUUAAUAAUGAGGAUUCUUUUGAUACAUCGUCGGCAGAAAAUGUUCAUUUGAGGGAAGAACUUUCUUACAAACUUGAAAAAUUACCUCCAAGGGUUCUUGAAAUGGAUUUAGUGGCACAUGAACGGGUAAAUGUUUUAGUUGCUUGGUGUUUACUGCUGGAACAUAUGACAUCAUUGCCUUCAUCUUCACCGGCAAGGGAGAGAAUAAUCCAAUACGUACAAGAGUCUACCAGUUCAGUAAUAUUAGAUUGUCUUUUCCAACACAUACCAUUGGAGCUAUAUAUGGGCAGCAGCUCAAGGAAGAAAGAUGCAGAACUUCCUGCUGCAGUGUCAGAAGCUGCAAGGCGUGCUAUUGCCACCAGUUCAGUAUCGGUUUCUGUUCAGUUCCUUUGGCCCAUUGGACCCGAGAAAAUGGCUUCACUUGCCGGUGCAGUAUUCGGUUUAAUGCUUCAUCAUCUUCCUGCCUAUGUACGAGGGUGGUUUAGUGAUAUACGGGAUCGUUCGGCAUCAUCUGCCAUUGAGGCUUUCACAAAAGCAUGGUGUAGCCCAACUCUGAUAUCAAACGAAUUAUCUCAGAUCAAGAAAGCCAGUUUUGCCGAUGAAAAUUUCUCUGUAAGUGUGAGUAAAUCAGCUAAUGAGGUUGUCGCCACCUAUACUAAGGAUGAGACGGGAAUGGAUCUGGUAAUUCACCUUCCUCCAUCUUAUCCUCUGAGGGCAGUUGAUGUUGAUUGCACUAGGAGCCUCGGCAUUACUGAGGUGAAGCGAAGGAAAUGGUUGAUGUCAUUGAUGUCAUUUGUUCGUAAUCAGAACGGAGCCUUAGCUGAAGCAAUAAGAAUAUGGAAAAGCAAUUUCGACAAGGAAUUUGAAGGUGUGGAGGAGUGCCCGAUAUGCUAUAGUGUCAUCCAUACCGUCAACCAUAGCAUGCCACGUCUUGCUUGCAAGACCUGCAAGCAUAAAUUUCACUCGGCUUGUCUUUAUAAGUGGUUCUCAACUUCUCACAAGUCGACUUGUCCGCUGUGCCAAUCUCCCUUUUGACCCUGUCAGUAAUGAACACACACAACACCUGUUAAUAUUUCGGUUCAAGAUAUUCGUUUAGAAGAAAGCAAACUCUAUCACUCAAACCAAAGAUGUUCUGAAACUGGUCUUUCCCUAUAUUAACGAGACGAAUAUUCAUUUAUUUGAGCUCGAUUGAGCAUGUUGCAGACAACUUGUCAACUUACUCCAGGAGGCUUUUAUCUCUGCAAUGUCGACGUGGUUUUCGUUUUCCAUCUCCAACCAUGCCAUUCAUGUAUGUACGAGAGAUUGCGGUUUGCUUGGAGCCUUAUCAGUUGCUAAACGAAAGGCAGACAAUUCGAGUUGUUGCUAUUUUUAUUUUUAUUUUUCCUUUUUGUGAUAAUCAUACCAUAUACUAAUUGGUAAUCAACUAAACAUUAGGGAUGAUUUUCCGUAGUAUUAGUCACUAAUAUGUUAUUGAUUUUCUUUUGUUGUGUCGGUAUCGAUCUUCAUAAAGGUCACUUGCUAACAGCAACUUCUCAUAGCAUCUUAUUUUUAUACUCAAUACUCUUUAACGAUUACAAUCGAAAUCUCUUGGUAUUU